AAAAUCCAAUUUUUUAAGAACUAGAGAGGAUGAGGUUCCGCCAACUACUGCUCAGAAAUCCUGCUACCCGUCCUCAUCCCUGCCCUAAUUCCUUGCUCCAAUCCCUAAUUCCCCAAUCCCCACCUUCCCGGAUUCUCGUCCAAGUUCGUCACCAACCCCUCCGCAUCUCCUCUAUAAAUCCCCUGCCGUCCCGUUUCAAAACCUUAUCAACUCCAAUCACUCUUCCGGGCAGGAGGAUUGUCGUUGCCAUGGCUUCGUCUGGAUCCGUUCAGAAGUCGGAGGAGGAGUGGAGGGCUAUCCUCUCAACGGAGCAGUUUCGGAUUCUUCGCCAGAAGGGCACUGAGUAUCCAGGCACGGGUGAAUAUGACAAGUUCUUCGGGGAAGGUAUUUAUGAAUGUGCAGGUUGUGGCACACCCUUGUACAAAUCUACCACUAAGUUCAACUCCGGCUGUGGUUGGCCUGCAUUCUUUGAAGGUCUUCCCGGAGCGAUCACUCGAACACCUGAUCCCGACGGGAGGAGGAUUGAAAUUACUUGCACAGCUUGUGGUGGACAUUUGGGUCAUGUUUUCAAGGGUGAGGGUUUCAAGACUCCGACUGAUGAGCGUCAUUGUGUCAAUAGCAUUUCGAUCAAGUUCAAGGCUGGCUCUGAUUAAUUCUCUGAGCAUGUCUUUGGUUAUGAACUUGUAAUAUUGCCUCUUGCAAACCUUCUGCACUUUUUAAGUGCAAGUAGCACUUCUAUGUGCAUGCAUGCUGCUAUCUUGUCAUUAAUUUUACUUUUUAACACUCAUCUGUCUAUGAUCCUCUAUUUAACUUAUAAAUAAAUCAUGCUACCUCGGCGGGCUUUUUCUUUU